AAGACAUCUGGCCACUUCCCGAGUCACUUCUCUGGUCCUGCGGGCGCCAGCAGCGCCGAGCCCCGCCCGCCGCCAGCCGAACCCCGCGUGCGGACCGGAGGCGGUCACGCUCUGGCCUUCUCGCCAGCCUCCUGCGGAGCCAGGCCGGAGCUACGCGCGCCCGUCUGUCCCGCCGCCACCCACCCAAGUCCGGCCGCCUAGUCCAUCAGACCGUCGGCGAUGUUUUAUUUCCACUGUCCGCCACAGCUAGAGGGCACUGCACCCUUUGGCAACCACUCUACAGGGGAUUUUGAUGAUGGGUUUCUGCGAAGAAAACAGCGAAGGAACCGGACGACCUUCACCCUUCAGCAGCUGGAAGCUCUUGAGGCAGUCUUUGCCCAAACACACUACCCAGAUGUCUUCACCAGAGAAGAGCUAGCCAUGAAAAUAAACCUCACAGAAGCCAGAGUGCAGGUUUGGUUCCAGAACCGAAGAGCCAAGUGGAGGAAAACAGAGAGAGGGGCCUCCGACCAGGAACCAGGUGCCAAGGAACCCAUGGCAGAGGUGACGCCACCACCUGUGAGAAACAUCAACUCCCCGCCCCCUGGGGACCAGGGCCGGAACAAGAAAGAGGCGCUGGAGGCCCAGCAGAGCCUGGGGCGAACUGUGGGUCCUGCUGGUCCUUUCUUCCCCUCCUGCUUACCAGGGACCCUCCUGAACACAGCCACCUACGCUCAGGCCUUGUCACACGUGGCCUCCCUGAAGGGGGGUCCACUGUGUUCUUGCUGUGUCCCAGAUCCCAUGGGGCUCUCCUUCCUCCCCACCUAUGGCUGCCAGAGUAACCGCACAGCCAGUGUGGCUGCCCUGCGCAUGAAAGCCCGUGAGCACUCGGAAGCCGUCCUGCAGUCGGCCAACCUUCUGCCAUCCACCAGCAGCAGCCCCAGCCCUGCUGCCAAGCCAGCUCCCUCCGACAGCAGCCAGGACAAGACCCCUCCCACCAAGGAACAGAGCGAGGGAGAGAAGAGUGUAUGAGGGUCCAGAGUGCCCCCGCCUGCUGUGUCCUCCUCCCUGCCCUCCUGCUUCUCCCAGCCUCAGCCCUGCAAACUCUGAUA